CACUCCUUCUUCUCUGCCACUCGAGCGCAUACAGCCAGCGGGAAAGGUCCAUGGUUCUCGGCCUCAGCAGGGCAGGCUCAUCGCUGCGAGCAUCAGCAACAUGUCACUGUGGCUCGUCCACGCUGGUCUCGCUCCAGUCCCUCGCCAGGCCAGGUGGGGGACGCCUCAUCCUCGCUCGACGACUCCAUAGCAGUCCCUCCUCCCUCGCACGUCGCAAUGAGCAUCAAUCAACGCUCAACCUUCCCAAGACCGCUUUCGCCAUGCGAGCAAAUGCGGCAGCGCGUGAUCACCUCUUUUCCCGUCGAACAAAUGAAAAUCUCUAUCGUUGGCAGCGCUCCCACUUGCCUGCCACGCAUGAAUGGCAUCUCCAAGACGGUCCGCCCUACGCGAAUGGCUCGCUACACAUGGGUCAUGCCCUCAACAAGAUCCUCAAGGACAUUGUGAAUCGCUAUCAACUACUACGCGGACGCCGUGUUCUGUACAAGCCCGGAUGGGACACGCAUGGUCUCCCUAUCGAGCUCAAAGUCUUUUCGCAGCCACAACUCAAGGACACGACCGCACGCUCUGCCGAUCCACUCCUCGUCAGACGGCUGGCCAGGGAGUUUGCGCAGAGCCAGGUGGACAGGCAGCGUGAAGAGUUCAAGGAGUUUGGUAUCAUGGCAGAUUGGGAGGAGACGUACCACACCUUCGAUGCCGAGUACGAGAGCAGGCAGCUCGAGGUCUUCGCAAAGAUGGUCGAGAAGGGCUUGGUCUAUCGGGCGCAUCGGCCGGUCUACUAUUCGCCGACCACGCGUACGGCGCUUGCUGAGGCAGAGCUGGAAUACAAUGACGCGCACGAAGCUAGGAGCGUCUUUGUGCGCUUUCCACUCGUCAAGGUGGGGACGCAGUUGAUGGAGGCGAUCAAGGGCUCGCGCGAGGCAAGCGAGGCAGUGCAAGCAGGAAAGGUGGAUGCCAUCAUCUGGACCACGACGCCUUGGUCCCUGCCGGGUAACAUGGCGCUGGCCGUCAAUCCCGAAAUGGAAUACUCGAUUGUACGGUCGAAGCUGCACGGCUACAUGAUCGUGGCCGCAAAUCGCGUCGAGUACCUCUCGCAGCGUAGGGCUGGGGCGGUCGUCGAGGUGAGCGACCCCAGCAGCAGUAAAGGCAGCAAGAAGAGGCCUGAUACACGGCCAGAGAUUGGUCGACUCGAGGUUCUGGCUACCUUUUCUGGAUCAACGCUCAUUGGCUCGUCCUACCGACCUCCCUUUGACAGCAGGGAGCGGCCCAUCCUGCCCGCAGACUACGUCACCGACGAUUCCGGCACAGGGCUGGUCCACACGGCCGCGGCGCAUGGCCUGGACGACUAUCACCUCUGCGCCAAGCAUGGCCUGCUCGACGAUGUCGGAGGCAAAGACGGCUCCACCUCCAACAACACCCACAGCAGUGCCUCUGCCUCCCCUCUAAGCCCAAUCGACCUCGACGGUCGCUUCACCUCCUCCCUUUCCUCCAUGAUCCCUGGUCUCGCUGGCCAACCCGCCCUAGGCUCCGGCACACCCUUAAUCAUCUCCCACCUCUCUACCUCAGGAUCCCUCCUUGCUGAGCAGCGCAUCACACAUCGAUACCCAUAUGACUGGCGCUCCAAGCAACCAGUCAUGAUGCUCGCCACCGAUCAGUGGUUCGUGGAUGUUGAACCUCUCAAGCCUCUGGCGCGUCAGGCGCUGGAGAACGUCGAGUUUGUGCCGGACAGCAGAGGUGCGCGGGAGAGACUGGCGCGAAUCAUUGAGUCAAGGACCGAGUGGUGCGUGUCACGACAGAGGGCUUGGGGAGUGCCUUUGCCGGUCGUGUACGAGGAGGCGACAGAUGGACAGAGGAUCCCGCUUUUGACGCCAGAGAAUGUCAGGCAUAUCGCCGACCUGCUGAGAGAGAAGGGAACCGACUACUGGUGGUCCGGCGAGGCAGAGCAAUUCGUGGCCCCGCAGUAUCGCGCAGAGGGGAAGCGAUGGACAAAAGGCACCGACACUUUGGACGUAUGGUUCGACUCUGGCGUCUCGUGGCUCGGAUCGGGCGCUCGUACUGUGGGCGAUGAGGAGACACCGGCCGAUCUCUACCUCGAAGGAACUGACCAGCAUCGCGGCUGGUUCCAGUCUUCUCUCCUCACAAAGCUAGCCCACUCCUCCCACUCCUCCACCUCACCUCCCGCCGCGCCGUUUAAGCGCAUCGCAACGCACGGCUUCGUGCAAAAUUCGGCGGGGGAGAAGAUGAGCAAGUCUUUGAACAACUUCCUCGGUCCUCUGCCCUUCAUCAAAGGCGGGGAGAACAAGGCCACCGAGCCCGCCUGGGGAUCAGACGUGCUGCGCUUCUGGGCCGCGGGGGUCAGUUGUUGGGGAGAGGAUGCGAGGGUUGGAUGGUUGACAAUCAAGCAUGCUGGGGAGGGGUUGCGCAAGCUGCGUAACACGCUGCGCUUCUUGCUCGCCAAUCUACCACCUAGCAGGGUGGAGGAGAGCGCUUCGACGGCGCUGCUGGAGAGGGAGUCGAUUCGCUCCCACCUCACCCUGCUGGAUAAGCACGUCCUUUCCUCCCUGACCUUCCUGAGCACAGAGUGCCAGGCAUGCUACGAACAGCUCGACUACCCAGGCGUGGUGAGACGCCUCUCCCAUUUCGCGAACACGACGUUGAGCAAUGUCUACUUUGCCGUUGUGAAGGACACGCUCUAUGCUGAUGCACCCGAGGGGCCCAGAAGGCUAGCAGCAUUGGCAGUCUGCGAAGAGGCGCUGCGUACGAUUAGUAGCGCUCUUGCGCCUAUUGCGCCCAAUCUUGUGGAGGAGGCUCAUCAUUACUCUCAAGGGGCCGAGGCGGACCCGCCCUCGAAAUGGGAAGGCAGCGAGGUGGAGCCUAGUUUCUUCCACGGCGGGUGGCGUGAGGUGCGCGAGGCCCGUCGAUGGAGAGAGGAGGAUGCUCGUCCUGCCGGAGCAAAGCUACUUGAAGUGCGAGACGCGGUCCUGAAGCUCGUGGCGGCGAGGCCCAAGGAGGAAGCAGGAGGGAGCAGUGCAGCGUACGACGUCUUGUUGGGCUUGACCCGCAGUGAGAGUGAGGGCGACGAGAUGAGAGCGCAUGAGGUGGUGCGCUCCCUCUCUCACGAUGAUCUCGCGGAGACUUUCAUUGCUGCGAGUGUCGAGGUCAUAGAGGGUGAGGCGCAGACGAACGAGGAGAAGCUCACCGUAGACGGUGUCACGGUCUGGGUCCGACCAACGCACAACGUCAAGUGUCCACGAUGCUGGCGCUUUGCGGUAACCGUGGAGGAGCAGAGCAGGAAGGGUGAGGAUGCAUUGUGCGGACGAUGUACUGACGUCUUGGAGGAGAAGGCGCAAGGAGAGAGCGAGGCGCGUUGAGAGGUCAGUGCUGAGGGCACCGUGGAUCGUCACCACUUGCCUCGUAGAUGGACAUGUUCAAAUGACCAUAGAUAGAAUUAAAGCUCAAAAGAGCAUCUCAGAUGAGGCAAGC